CGGACGGAUCGCUUGUGCUCUGUGGAAGUGGCACUCUCUCGGUCCUCGUGGCACUCUGAGGCACUGAUGUCACGUGGUAUCUUGACACGGUACUAGGUUAUAUAACGCUGCUGCAGGAGAUAUGGCGACCGUGAAGUGGCGUGAGCUGUGGUGCCAGUGCCAAGGGAACGCGAGCGCCGUGCCACACCAAGUCCUCAUCUCGCAACAGAUGACCCGCCUGCACCUCGAGGCACAAAAGCACGUGCUGUGGUACGUGGGCGCCGUGCUGAUCAUGUACAUCCUUGGCCUCGUCCUGAUCAUCAGCAAAUCGGGUCGAUCCGAGAGACAGACGGCGACUUCCGCUCUCCUCUUCUGCUGCUCGAGCCUGGCGUCGCUGGUGGCUCGCCGUGGACCCCGAAGGGAGCGGGGGGCGAGGGCGGUGCCGGAGACGAGCGAGGACGAGGACGAGGGAUACCAGACGCCCUUUUCAAGCAAGCCGUCGCCGCGUCAGCCGCUCAUGGCCGUGCAGGAGAGAGACGAAGGGUCCUGCGCAGCCACCUAUGUGUAGCACAAUCUUCGUUUUUUUAUCAUUUACAUACUCUUUUUUUUUCUAUUUAUCUUUAUAUAUACUUCUUACCUUCUUUUUCAAAGGGAUGUACAAUAUGAUAUGUUCCUUCAGGUGUAUUCCACAUGGAAUAUUUCUGUUUCUUUUCCCUUUCGAAUUUCGUAUUCUCUGCUCUUAAUGUGUAUGUCUGCGAGCGUUUACAUAAAUACAUACAUAUCGAUGGAUAAAUAAAAACAGCUAUCAACACAUGUGCA